CAAGCGUUCGCGUAUUUCCGGCAGUGUGUCAUCGUGUUGUCAUUGUUGACACUCUUGUUUUCCCCCUUUUUCCGGUUUACGUGCUUGCUGGUGGACACAUUUCGUGAGGAAUAAUUCGCCAAAAUGGUCCAGCGACUGACGCUUCGACGACGCUUGUCGUACAACACCAAGUCUAACAAACGCCGUAUUGUUCGCACACCAGGUGGCCGUCUGGUUUACCAGUACGUGAAGAAACGCCGUACCCUCCCGAAAUGCGGCCAGUGCAAGAAGGAGCUGAACGGCAUCAAGCCCUCCCGGCCGUGCGAGCGCCCGCGUAUGAGCCGCCGCCUGAAGACCGUCACCCGUACGUUCGGUGGUGUCCUGUGCCACCACUGUCUGCGUGAGCGCAUCAUCCGUGCAUUCCUGAUCGACGAGCAGAAGGUCGUGAAGGUGCUGCGCGCUCAGCAGCAGGCCAAGCCGGUCGGCAAACCGGUCAAGGCCCCGAAGACCACCAAGACCACCAAGGCCGGUGCCAGCAAAUCGAAGUAAGCUCGAGAUUGAUGGUGACGGUGGUGGUGGUGGUGUCCUCAGGGUCUCUGAGAAUGCCCGCGCACACGCGGAGAAUGUAGAGGAGGAGGGUGUGUGUGUGUAUAAACGUUAAGAAUCCACUCUGAAAGGAAAAUACAAACAAAAGCGGAAGAUUGAUACGGAACUUA